AGAAAGAAAAAUGGUAGAAAAAAUAUCACAAUUCAUAAAUUAACAAAUCAAUCCACUCCCCGUAAAACCUCUCAACCCCGAACACGAAAUACAAUGACAGACACAGCAACAUCCGACGGAGCAGUCCUCAACGUUAUCAACAAACGCCUUCGUUCCCUUCGUAAAAAACACAACCGCAUUGUCCAAAUGGAAGAAUCACUUUCUAAUGGCAAAACCCUUAACAAAGAACAACAAGAAACUCUCCGUUCCAAACCAGCAAUCAUCGCAGGCAUCGACGAGCUUGAGAAGCUUCGCGAACCUCUCACAUCCGCCGUGGCUGAAGAAAUCAACCUCGCCACGUCAGUUGACUCAAAUUGUGAUACCGAUGGUUUAAUGUUGGUGGUUGAGGAUUUAGUUAAGCUGUUUUAUUUCGGGUUUAUGUUUGAUGUGAAGUCGUUGUUACAGAGUGAUUUUAUGUUGAGGAGGAUGCAUGAGAGAGCGUGUUGUUUGAGUUAUGAUUGUAUGCAGGAGGAUGAUGAUUCGACUGAUGUGGUGGAUGAUAUGUUAGGGGAGAGGGAUUUGAAUUUGAUUUCAAUGGUUAGUGGGCUUUUAAUUUCGAGACAGGUUAAUUCUCCUUUGUCGCAUAAGCGUGCACUUGAACAGUGCAUUGAGCGUGCGAAGCUUUGGAUUGCGAAGUCUGAUAAGCAAAUUGUACCUGAUUCUGAUACCACUUGUGAGUAUUACAGUCAAACCUCUCUAUAACAACAUCAUAUGUUC